AUGCCAUCCACCGUCCCCCUCCCUCCCCCCUUCUCCUCAAUCCCUCGACACGCACUAACCCUCUACCCCUCGCCCAUCCACCCCCUCCCCCGAAUCUCCACCGACUUAAACACCUCCCCCAGUUCUCAGGGCGCAACCAUCUACGCCAAACGCGAAGACCUAACCUCAAGCCUGGCCUUCGGUGGCAACAAAACCCGAAAACUGGAAUAUCUCGUCGCAGACGCCCUCGCCCAGAAAGCCACCACGCUGAUCUCGAUCGGCGGGGUCCAAAGCAACCACACGCGCCAAGUGGCCGCCGUCGCCGCACACCUGGGUCUCACGGCUCGGCUGGUCCAGGAGAAAUGGGUCGACUGGGAAGAUAAAGGAUACAGCGAUGUCGGCAAUAUCCAGCUCUCCAGAGUAAUGGGGGCAGAUGUGAAUCUGAAUACGGAGGGGUUCGGGAUUGGACACAAGGAGUCCUUAGCGAGAGUUCGCGCGGAGUGUGAAGAGCGCGGGGAGAAGACAUACUACAUCCCCGCGGGGGCGUCGGAUCAUCCGCUGGGCGGGAUGGGAUUCGCGCGGUGGGCGUUUGAGGUUCGGGAGCAGGAGCAGGAGAUGGGGAUUGAGUUUGGGACAGUGAUUGUGUGCGCGGUGACGGGGUCGACGAUGGCGGGGAUGGUGGCGGGGUUUAAGUUGAUUGAGAAAUUGUAUCCCGGGGAGGCGAAGAAGAAGAUCAUUGGGAUCGAUGCGUCGGCGAAACCGAAGGAGACGAAGGCGCAGGUGUUGCGGAUUGCGAGGAACACGGCGGGGCAGAUUGGGUUGACGGAGGACGAUAUCACGGAGGUGGAUAUUAUCUUGAAUGAGGAUUAUCAUGCGGGGACGUAUGGAAUUCCGGAUAAGCAGACGUGGGAGGCGAUUGAGUAUGCGGCGCGCAUGGAGGCGUUUAUCACGGACCCGGUGUACGAGGGCAAGAGCUUUGCGGGGAUGGUGGAUCUGAUCAAGAAGGGCGAGAUCAAGGGGAAUGUGCUGUACGCGCACCUUGGGGGGCAGUUGGCCUUGAACGCCUACUCGGACUUGGGCAAGACUAAAUAG